CACUGCCUCAAUGUUUGACCGGUAAAUAGUGAUUCAAUAAUAAAUGAGUGUAUUUUGUGUGAUAAGUGAUUAAUAAUAAAAAUAUGCAAAACUAUAGAACUGUUAAAUAGAGGGUCAACAUUUGUAAUAUUAACUAAAAGAAGAAAUAUUAAUUUAUGUUACUCUGAAGAAAUGGCCAUUCAGAAUAAAUCCAAAUCGAUCUCUAACAACGUAUCAGAGGGAGAUGACGCGUCCCUUCGAUCUCUAAGCUCUGAAGAUGUCUCGCAAGCCCCCAGGGGUUACUGUUGUGCCAAAAGUAUUAAUCCUGCCGACGGUAGAGGGAGGAAGUUGCACCUGUUACAAAUGAUCGUACUACCCUUCAUACCUAUUUUAGCUUUGAUAAUACAAACCGCUGUCCUGCUAAAUAAUAUUAUGGUAACUAGGAAUGAGGUUAUGGAAAUUAAUAAUCAGGUUACAAUAGCAACGGAAUUAGGGAAAGUUGUAACAAGAAUGCAGUUGGAGAGGUCAGAAGUUGCUUUCUAUGUAUAUACGAGUGGCUCAUUAUUAAGGACCAAUUUGACAAAACGUUUUGAACUGACAGAUGAAGCUUUAAGAAAUAUGAGCAGCUGGCCUCCUGUGUCAUUUACAGUUGAUGACAAGAAAAUCAUAUACAUUGAUAAAGCAAGUUUUCAAAGAAAUUUGACGAAAUUUAGAGACACAGUAAUUAAAUCUGAUGAUAACACAAUAAAAGACGUUGUUCGUUGGUAUACUUCACUCAAUGCAGCUUUACUGGAACAUCUCACACAACAAAUUAAAGAAAACGAUAACAGUGGUGUGUGGAGGUAUUUAUUGGCUUUUAAAAAUCUUCUUAAAAGUAUAGAAAGUACAGGAAUAGCCAUGGUGUAUGGUGUCAAUUACUUUGGUCAAGGAUACUUACAGCAACAAAAUUACAUUAACUAUAUUACCCACGAUGCAAUAGCUAAAGAUUUGCUCAACACUUCACUGAAUUAUGUUUCUCAAAUGAAAGCGGAGUACAACGCUUUAUCCAGAAAUAUGGUCGGUUAUGGAAAUAUUAAGAUCAAGAACGAUAUCAUUAUCAAAAAUACACAAAGAAAGCCAAAUUAUGAUGAAGCACUCAACUACUUUGAUUCAAUGGCUACAUAUACCGAUGAACUAAGAAAAAUUCAAAGAACAUUAAGAGUUCUAAUUCAAGACUAUGUAGACGAGAACCUCCAUGACUCUGCAAAUACAGAAGCCCUUGGUAUCGCAGUAUUAGUACUAGUGCUGUCACUUUCACCUAUCAUAAUUUGGCUGGUUCGAAAUGCUGUCGAAACUAUUCAGUUAUACGCUGCCAAUCUAGCCAAAAAGGCUAAGGAACUGAAGAGAGAGAAACGGAAAAGCGACUUAUUGCUUUUUCAAAUGUUGCCACCUAGUGUGGCUACACAGCUAAAGCAAACGAGACAGGUACCUGCAGAAUACUACGCUUCCGUAACUGUAUAUUUUAGCGAUAUCGUGGGAUUUACAGAGAUAGCUGCCGUUAGUACACCUUUGGAGGUUGUUACGUUUCUCAAUAAAAUUUAUAAGCAAUUUGACGCUAGGAUUGAAUGUUACGACGUUUACAAAGUGGAAACUAUUGGAGAUUCCUAUAUGGUAGCAUCAGGAUUACCUGUAAAGAACGGUAAUAAACAUGUAACAGAAAUAGCAAGUAUGGCUCUGGAUUUAUUAUCCGGCUCAAAGCAAUUUAAAAUUCCACAUAGAAAAUCAGAACGACUGCAAAUCAGAUCUGGAGCUCAUACUGGGCCAGUUGUAGCUGGAAUAGUUGGCUCAAAGAUGCCGAGGUACUGCUUAUUUGGCGAUACCGUUAAUACUGCUUCCAGAAUGGAAUCAACAGGAGAAGCUUCAAAAAUACACAUUAGUUUAGAAAUGAAAAAAGCAUUGGAUUCAAUUGGAGGUUACAAAACGGAACAUAGAGGGCUUGUGGAUGUUAAGGGAAAAGGACUAAUGGACACCUACUGGUUGACAUGUAAAGAAGGUGGUCAAAACAGAACAAUGGAAAUGGAUGCACCUGCAUUUUUGGAAGAGGAAGAAGAAGAAGACAUGGAACCAGUUUUUAUCAAGAGACUGAGAAAUGAAAGCUUUUUUUAAUAAAAUUUGUUUUUUUACCGUAAUUUUCAUCUGUGUUAUAUGUGUUUCAUCAUGUAAAUUAACAUACCUAAGGUUUAUCUUUCGCUAAUGCGAGAUAAUAGUACAAACUAUGGCAUGUACAAUAAAAUAAUAAUUAUUUAAAGACAUUAACAAAAUUAAUUGUCUUAAUCAUGGGUCAAGAUAGGAUAGGGAACAGCCCAAGUAACACACAAAUUUAUAAAAUGUUAGUAUAAUUAAUCAAAACGUUACAAAAUACACGUAAACGACACUUUUGUAUAACUGAUAUACAUCUUUUUAAUAUUGUACGACGUUAAUUAAUUAAUAAGAAACGUAUGAAUAAAUUCAUUUUUUUUUUUUAAAUGUAUAGUGUAUGUGGUUGAUAAAACGUUUCUAUAACUUUUGAACUACAACUACUUAAAAUAGAUACAUAUUCUCUUAAUAAUACCGUUGUAAACUGUAGUUACUUUAGAUUUAUCCAAACUACUUAAGUGGGUCUUUUGUUUUAAAUUACAUAAUACACUGCUAUUAUAGAAGUUGUACACUGCGUCAUUCAUUGCCAGCAUUUGUUUGCAAAAAAUAUAAAUGAACGGCUUCACACUUCACUGUAAUAUGUCAUCAAAGCAUUUAAUAAGAUCAGAAAUAACUCACUGAAUGACAGAUUAUUUAGUCAGCAUUGCGUUGCCAAUGAUGAAGAUUCCAACCGUUUGUUGCUUCACACAAAAGUGCGCUGGUUAUCAAGAAGUACUUGUUUGACUCGCUUUUAUAAUUUGCUCGACGAUGCAACACCCGGUAUAAUAACGGUACAGUGUAUUAGAAUAUGUAAGUUAUUAAGUUUUAAGAAAAGUUGUUGCAACGUCAGUAUAAUCUUUACAUUAUAACUUUUUGUGUUACUUGUGUAUAAAAGAGAGGUCCUAAAGAUCUAUCAAGAAAUAUUGUGCCUGGGUGGUCGUCCCUACUUUUCCUACAGCACUUUUUACGACAACACCACUACAAGCAAUUAUAGAUCUUAACUCUUGACUAUAUGGUCAAAAUAUAUUGUUACUAUGUUCUCUUUUGCUCAUUCAGGUUAGGUAGUAAUUAGUACUUAUUAAAAUA